GUCAAAGUGUUUGGAUGAACAGUUCUAAAAGUCAAAAAUGGACAAAAACUGGGGGACGGAGGAAAUAAGAAAAUUACCCAAAGGCUUGAAGAAAACUUUCUUUUUGGCAUUCCUUCUCAAAAUAUUCCAUCCUAAAGAAUCAGAAACUCUCCCACCAGCUUCAAAGGCAAUCGCCGCAAUUCCGAUCUCGAAUUCAAAGCCUUUGAUCUCGCGUCUCUGCAUUCGAGAGAUGGACAAAGUGAUGAACAUAUUGAAGCCGAAACCCAAUCCUUCACAAAUCUUGAGGGAUUGGCAGCGUCGUCUUCGCCAAGAGUGUCGCAGCAUCGACCGCCAAAUCCGAGAUAUACAGAGGGAAGAGAAUAAUGUACAGAAAGCAAUCAGAGAAGCUGCAAAGAGAAAUGAUAUGGGUUCUGCUAAGGCACUUGCUAAAGAAAUUGUGAGAUCUAGAAAAACUGUGAACAGGCUGCAUGAGAAUAAAGCACAGCUUAAUUCUAUAUCUCUGCAACUCGGAGAAAGUGUUGCCGUUGCCAGGACAGUGGGCCAUUUGUCUAAGAGUGCUGAGGUUAUGAAACUUGUGAAUAAUCUAAUGAAGGCGCCAGAAGUGGCUCGUACAAUGCAAGAGUUUAGUAAAGAGAUGACAAAGGCUGGUGUGAUUGAAGAGAUGGUGAAUGAUUCCCUUGACGAUGCACUGGAUUCCGAAGACAUAGAAGAGGAAACUGAAGAAGAAAUAGACAAAGUCUUGACAGCCAUCGCCGGAGAGACUGCUGCGGCACUUCCAGUUGCUGCCAGGAAGGAAAAGUUAAAGCAGUCGGUGGAAGAUGCAGAGGGUGGCGACGAUGAGGAAGAGUUGGAAGAACUAAGAGCGCGCCUUGACAAAGUUCGUUCUUAAAUUUCACCGAGUCUUUCUUGACGUGAUCAUAUCCUUCCCAUGCAUAAAAUAGUGUUUGUAUAAUAGAUAUACCGCCUCAUUUGAAUUCGUGAAAAUCUGCAAUUUAAGUAUAUCAAAUAUACAUUACUAUGUUUUCUGCCUGCUUUUGAUUGGUCCAUAACAGGCCUGACUUCUAUUGUAUCCAAAAGCUACAGUGGGUGCUUAUAUUAUGUACAUAUUUCCACGACAGGUGUUCUUCCUAUACUUUAUUCUCAUACUUCAUACAUAGCAUAGUAAUAAAAUGAACUAAUGAUU